AUGAGCAGCAGCGCCAUGUGUCUGUCAUGUGACGCUCACGUGACGUCACACGUCAACAUGGCCGCCGCUGUGUCCAGCGAACAUUUCGAGAACUUCCAGCUUCUCCUGAAGGCUCCGUCUAAAGACGCGGUGAGAGACGUUUGUGUUCAGAGUCACAGAGGACCGAGUCGCCGGCUCACAGAGACAACGGCAGAAACACUGAGCAUCACUGCAGCUCAGGCUGCUCAGCUGGUCCAGUCCCUCCAUGUCCUCUCUCAUCACGUCCUCUUCUACAACCUGGUCUCUCCGGAUCAGAUCCUCCAUCUGUUCCCCGACUCGUUCCACUCCAGUCUGAAGAACCUGAUCACCAAGAUCCUGCUGGAGAACAGUCCGACGUGGAGAACAGAAGCUCUCAGUGAUCAGAGUGAUCUCUCUCCCCAGCUGAAGGAGUUGGACUGGAGAGUCGACAUGGUGACCGGCUCGGACUCAGUCAGUCGGAUGUCGGUCCCGACCUGCCUGGUUCAGCUCAAGAUGGAGGACCCGUGUCCGUCGGCGGGCGACCAGCCGGUUUCCACGGUGACGGUGGAGCUGAGCCGAGAGUCUCUGGACACCAUACUGGACGGACUGGGACGCAUCAGAGACCAGCUGUCUGUGGUUGCUGGGAAGUGAGGAGCCAAGACAGCUGAUUGGUCCGUUCAGAGGAUGACAUCACGUCUUACAGUCAACAGUUUUUUUACAGACUGAAGAUGAUUUUUGUGUCGUUAACGUUAAAGAACGUUUAUUCAUCUGUUAUGAAAUAUUUACAGAAAUGUUUUAAAAACUGAUUUAUCAUCAAUCAGUUAAUAAAUAUACUAAAUAUUUCUUAGUUAAAACAGUAUAAAAAUGAUUAUUUUCCUUUUUUGUGUCUUAUUAUUUACUUUAUAAUUAUUGUUUUUUCAGAAACAAUUAAUGUCUUCUAAUAUUUGUUAUAAUUUUUUGUACAUUGUCCAGA